GAUAACCAGGACAAGACACUGUCACCUGUUUUCAGGAUUUAGGCACCGAAUAACUCUCUGCUUCGGUCAAGUAAUAUUCCUGGAAUUUUCUAUUGAUAUUUUUUGUCCAGGUUAACAUUGCGCACCUGAAUUGUCUCUCCUAGCGGAUACCGUAUAAAUAUAUUUGUUUAUUUUAUUUCUCAGUUUGUCUUGGCAAUACCAUAGCUGCAAUGAGGAUAAACAGACAAUUGCGUAGGAUUGUGCUUAUAGCAGCUCUUCUCGACUUCUCUUCCAAUGUGAAGGCCAUUCCUCCAGAAUGUGACCUGGACUACAUCUUACUCCAAGAUGAGGAGAGCUGCUUCAAGGAUCUGUUCAAGAUCAACAUCAGCCAGGCUGACUCUCAACAACCAGGCAAGUCAUGCAGAGGUUUGUGGGACCACCUGAACUGCUGGCCUCAUGCUGAUGUGGGAGAGACUGUGUCACAGCCAUGUCCCAGAUUCCUCCGCACCACAGGCAGAGUAUACAGGAACUGCACAGAGCACGGCUGGACUGAGCCGUUUCCUCCACAUGAGAUAGCCUGCGAGUAUGCCUUUGAGACCCUCACCUUCCCUUUUGAGGCACCCAGGUCCCAUGGCUACUUCCUCUAUGUGCAAGUCAUGUACUCGGUGGGCUAUGCUAUCUCUACUGCGUCUCUUACCAUCGCCACUGCCACACUCUGUCUGUUCAGGAGGCUCCACUGCACCCGUAACUACGUCCACAUCCAACUGUUCCUCUCCUUCAUCCUCCGAGCCACCUUCAUCUUCAUCAGAGAUGCUGUGCUCUUCUCCUCUGAUGACCACUUCCACUGUGACUCCUAUCCGGUCAGCUGUAAGAUUGCAACAUCUUUCUCCAACUACUGCAUCAUGGCCAACUACAGCUGGCUGCUGGCCGAGGGACACUACCUGUACAGCCUGGUCAGUGUCUCCCUCUUCUCCCAGAAGAGGCACCUCAGGUGGUACAUCGUCCUGGGCUGGGGUUCCCCAAUGGUCAUUAUAGUAGCCUGGAGUUUGGCAAAAUAUACCCAGGAGAAUGAAGGGUGCUGGGAGAGGAGGGGACACGAGGGGAUCUGGUGGAUUCUCAGAGUUCCUGUUCUCCUCUUCAUCGUUGUUAACUUGCUGUUUUUUCUGAGUAUCAUAAGAAUCCUGGUGGCCAAGUUGAGGACACAGGAAAUGCAUAGAAAUGAGUUGAACCAGUAUAGGAGGCUUGCUAAGUCCACCGUUCUCCUGGUAUCUCUCUUUGGUUUGCACUACGUCCUCUUUGCAUUCCUCCCACAUAAAGUCAGUGAAAUAUGGAACUUUAUCGAGCUGGCUUUUGCUUCCACUCAGGGGUUUGUAGUAGCAGUUCUAUACUGUUUUCUGAAUGGAGAGGUUCAGUAUGAGGUUCGGAGGAGGUGGAGGCGAUGGAGGCUAAAGCAGCAUCUACCUGGGGAGGCCAGGUGCCAACAUGGUUCCAUGAGUCAGAGUGUAGGGGCCCAUACCCAGGUCUCCUUCCUGACCCGGGGACCCUCCACACGCCAUUCUAGUCAGGUGUAGCACAUCCAGUCACUCCUCACUAUACUGUACCUACGAGGCUUUGUCAAUGGAUAGGUGCCAUGUGUGUUCCACAGUCUAUCGGUGACAUUCUGACAUUCCUGUUUGACUCUUGAAGGAUGAGACCUCCUUUUUAUUUUUUUUCUGUUGAGUGUAUAUGAUCUUUGACCGGCAUGGCAUUUAGUGACAGGACUGGACCUUUGGUUGUGGGGUCAAAACGCUGAAACCUUUCUGUGCAUGGGUUUGCUAUUUUGACCUUUCCUCAUCCUCACCUGCAG